AUGUCAACUUCAACGAGUCAAGCUUUGGACUUCAACUGCCGAUCACUGGAUGAAGAUGUCGAUGACCUGGACUUCGAAUUGCUGGAUCUUGAUGACGAAGAGCUGCGUCAAAUGGAGUAUCAGCAAACUGGCAAGCGCAAGAACCGACUCAAUGAUGAAGAUACAGCAGCUCCACGACCGCGUGCAGUGCGUCAAAGACCUGGACUAGAAGAGUCAACCACGCCGGACAACAACUUGUCUACGCCAAGAAGAAGACGAAGAAAGGAAGGAUUCUUGAUGAAUCAAUUCCGCCUGUGUUUUGGCAUGCGAGUGCGAAUUAUUGAGGUUACCGGUACAAUCCGAACUGGCAGCGUAGUUCUUACGAGAUAG